UUUCGAAGUCGAUAAAAAUGAAAUUUUAAAAUUUCGCGAAGUAUCCGAGCGCAAAAUGGUCAAGAUCUGCAUUGGUAGAGUUGUGCUUUGCCGGCCGGCACCAUACUUGAUCUUCAUCCUGAGUUCAGAUCUUGUUUCGAGCCCCAAUAAAAAUAAAAUUUUGAAGUUUCGCGGAUUUUGGGCAAACUAACUAAGUAUGCAGUGAGUUGCUGCAUGUCUCGCCUCAGUCUGAGCGUUGUCAUAUAUGAUGGAUGCUAAGUUUGGUGUUGUCUUUUCGCAUUCGGCGACCAACCUCAAUAAAAAUAAAAUUUUGAAAAUUCGCGGAUGAAUUCUCCUAAUGAAGGAUCAAAUCUAGUCGUUUAUCACCUACAGACGACCCCUGAACGUCGUCCUCGCUUUGAUUUAUUGUGCCUGAGGGCUAGCGAGUCAUGGUAUCUGGUGUUCGUGGUGGCGCAACUCGCGUGUCUGCCGUCAGUGUGGCGCAUGCACAGCCCCCCCUCGCCCACACCGCGGACGCCGUUGGGCGACCGAUUUCAGGGGGGUUCUACAACUCGCAGACCAGUUUACUGCAAGGAGUACAUCAGCCACCGGCGCCGUUCAAGAACAGCAGCGGUUGGAGAACAGCACGAGUUGACCACCAUGAACAGUUUGCUCCCAACGGUCAUACCAUGACUACCCACGCCCAAGACGCUCUGCCUCCGCCACGCACCAGGAUCGUACAGGCCUCCACGACCCGAUGUGAGCAGCGAGCGCGGAAACGAGACCUCGUGCUUGAUCAACUCAGACAACAGGCGGCGGAGCUGCGCCGGCGGGACCGCUUGCUGUGGACGUUGUUAGAGGAAAGGUUAGCGGCAUCCCAGCGGAUACAGACCUUGCUCCUGGACAAAAAGAACUUCUACGUUGGAGGCGUCGGGACUACUACCGCACGAAGACGUCGAAAGGCCGACAAACGCGGCACGUCUUUCGCUGAAGACGAGGACGACAUCAAUUGCGGUUCCAGCUACAUGAUGGAUGAUUACGACGAUGACCAAGUGGUGUUUGAAGAUGGGGCGUCAUCUCGUCCCUGGGACCACGACCAGCAAGCGCUUCGUGCGGGCGAAGAUCAUUUGCAUCUCAAUCAUAGGCACCGCGCCGGCGCAAUGAGAACUAGACCCCAUGAUGAUCCCGCGCCAAUUGAUACUGCCACGCAAAUAAGAACCCGAACCGCCGCUGGUACUACGUCCUUCCUUCCUUAUCUGAGGAACUUGAUUCAAAGCGCUGGCUCUACGGACGUCGCCACCUUCGAGGCGCUGUUCGACGCAAUAUUAGACGAAGGUGUAGUGGAGGUUGAUAGAGAAGAACCCCAGGAGGCCGAUCAACGUUCUUACCUUAAUAUAGGCGAAAACGAUUUGAAAAGUAGCACUUCUUGCUUGUCCUCUGCCAUCUUUGACUUUGACGAAGCUUUCCUAUGAGGCUGUGGAUGUGGUUGCUCCUCAUUAGACUGCAUCGAGAAUGAACGCCUCUCAUUUACACAUACAUACGUAGUGCGACGGAGCACGACGACAGACCAGAUCCGUGAGACGAGAGAGAAAAACACAGAAACGGUAUUUCGACCAGAGCGCAUUUGAAAGUAGACGCGACGCAUUAAGCAGCGCCUGCCUCAUGGCUUGUUUGAUCGUAUAUCUGGGCAAAGUGUGUUCUGUUCCACAACUGAUGAUUUUUAAAUACAGUAUGGACCCCCUAGAUGCGUAAAUCAUCUUCAUCAUCAUCGCAGGACGUAAAGGCCCGCGUGUCGUGGAAAGUCACGCUUCUCAGCUAAGGCUUGUUUUGACGUGUGAGCCGAAGACUCCUCCGUGUCUGUGCGGACGUCAGAACAUUUUUUAUUUUUUGUAGCAGGUUCAUCUACUACAAUGGAUAUAGAUGUCUGUGACGAGUCCGAGAGAAAGAACUGCGACUGCAUCAAACAGAGCAAACGUAGUAUUUUGUCAU